CUUUCUAACUAGCAGGACCUUCGAACAUUUAACGUGUGUUAACUCGUUAGCUGUUCAUUAUGGUUUUAUAAGAGAGGGAGUUGGAGAGCAUUACCAUCCCGUUUUACAGAUGUAAAAACGAAGGCGAAGAGCAAACUCCGGGUUCCUUAGUAAGCUUAAAGGAAUAGGGACCAAGAGAUUUAACGCAGAGUCUCCUGGAAUUCCUAGUCCCUAAGGCCACUCAGAAGUAUAAUGGAAUGUUGGACCGUCUUCCCUGACAUUCUACAGAGCACUUAAGAGUCAGAGAGGCCGAGGCCAGCCGGCAACUCCAGGCCUGAGACUCAGCUCUGCCACAAAGUUAAGUCACACUGGACAAGUCACAGUUUCUCUCCGCUCAUUUCCUUCCUGCUCUCUCAAAACAGGGGAACAAAGGUGCUGUAUUCUUUGCAGAGUCGUGCGUGUGUCUGGAAGCUCCACUCCCUUGAGCUGCAAUUUGGUUAUUGUUAGUUGUUGUGGACUCAUAAAGGACCCCAGUCUUGGUUCCCUUGAGAAACGCAGGGAAGGAGGCACCCCCACAGUGAACGCCUCUUCUUCUCCAGAGACGCCUGAGAAUUCGCAUCAGGGACACUUCACAUCAGGGACAGGCCGGGGCAGAGACCCUGACCUGGGGGAGGGACGAGGGUUGCCACGAGGAGGUAGGAAGGAGCCCUGCACAGGCGGCUUGACACAUGGGCCCUAUUCCUGCCUCCAGCUCUGACUCAUCUUCUGACGCUUGGGGGAGGAGAGGUAGUUGCUUGAUAUUUUUGGCUUUCCCCCAUAAAACUGGAGACAGUUUCCUUCAUUCCAAGUCGUUUUAAUGUCAGUGUUGAACGUGUCUGUCCUGAGUUCUCAUCUGAAAGCUUUCAUAUCGGUUGACUGCAGAUCUGAUUUGUGUCCACUGUCACCAGUACUGCUCACUUAGGACUUUCUGGAUCCAGACCCAGCUGCAGCGCACACUGGACUCCUGAGGAAGAAGGAGACUGUGAUUUUGGAUUCCUUGGUGGAGGAAAAUCAAACACUCUGGUCUUGCCCCCAACGAUGCAAGUGUGACUGCUGGCGUCUUCAUGAGCUCCAGAGGUCACAGCACGCUACCAAGGACUCUCAUGGCCCCUCGGAUGAUUUCCGAGGGAGACUUAGGAGGCAUUGCUCAAAUCACCUCCUCUCUAUUCCUGGGCAGAGGCAGUGUGGCCUCCAAUCGGCACCUCCUCCAGGCUCGUGGCAUCACCUGCAUUGUUAAUGCUACCAUUGAGAUCCCUAAUUUCAACUGGCCCCAAUUUGAGUAUGUUAAAGUGCCUCUGGCUGACAUGCCGCACGCCCCCAUUGGACUGUACUUUGACACCGUGGCUGACAAGAUCCACAGUGUGAGCAGGAAGCACGGGGCCACCCUGGUGCACUGUGCUGCCGGGGUGAGCCGCUCAGCCACGCUCUGUAUCGCCUACCUGAUGAAAUUCCACAACGUGUGCCUGCUGGAGGCGUACAACUGGGUGAAAGCCCGGCGACCUGUCAUCAGGCCCAACGUAGGCUUCUGGAGGCAGCUGAUAGACUACGAGCGCCAGCUCUUUGGGAAGUCGACAGUUAAAAUGGUACAGACACCUUACGGCAUAGUUCCCGACGUCUAUGAGAAGGAGUCCCGACACCUGAUGCCUUACUGGGGGAUUUAGUGCCACCGAAGCCUGCGUCAGCAGCCCGAGUGGGACCGGUGUCUGCUCCCCGCCGUCUGCUCCCUCUCCACUGUCUUCUCAAAUGGCUGACUUCUGGUUCUCCCUCAAGUGUUUUUUACACUGGGUGUUCAAAUUUAUUUUAAGAGAGAGGGAGGGAGGGGACAUAAAGGGAAUGCAUACAUUGCUAGUCACAUUUUUAAAAUUAACAUUUUGGAAUAGUGUUUAUGAAAAUCUUUAGCUUUUAAUCAUUUUUAUCAAUUUGAACAGUUUAAUAAACUGUUUGGUUCUGCUCUCUUCUGAAUCUCAUGCCUUUGGCACCUUGGUAGGUGCAGGAGGAGCUCAGUGCAAAAAUCACUUUGGGGCCUCAUUAACCCUUUAGAGACAAGCUUCGCCCCAGGCUGCUGACCAGACAGAUGCUUAGGGAAGGUUGAUACCAGCUUCAGUCUCUACUGGAUUAGCCCUACUCUUUCCUUUCCCCUCUAUUAUUUAGUGACUCUGUAAGUUAAAUACACCCUUAUUAUUUAGCUGUUAAGUAACUAUAAUGAAAUCUGCUGCAAAAACUCUUGGAAUCCAUGUGCCCAGGAUUAUAUUAGCAUUAUUUUUAAUAAAUCUAUAUGCUUAACAUUAGAAUUUUUACUAAUAAUUUCAGGAUAUGUGUGUGUGUCGAUGAUGGAAAAAAAGGUGCUCUCCAGUAACUGCUAAAAUAUGGCUCUUAUGACAGUUGUGAACACCACUUAAAAUACACAUCCCAGCAGAGUCCCGUCGGCGCAUCACAUCCUGGUGGGUGGCAGACACACUGUCCCCAGUGCUGGGCGGUGGGAGAUAAGAGUGCACGCUCUGAUCAGGGGUGCUGGUUUUGGUUUCCUCUUCGUUAGUGGAGCACCCCAAAGCAACAUGUCCUCCAUCAGAUAAACUGGUUUUCAAUAAAAGGUGCCUCUGCUCAACUAUUACUACCUACGAAAAUGCCCUAAACCAAACCUCAGUAUAAGCGAUAAGCAAAUAACAAAAAAUGGCUGCCUUUAACUUUGGAAAUGUCACCCAGGUCACUGCUCCUGAUAAAAUGGGCGGCACCGCUCAUCAAGUACACGGUAGAAGGUGAAUGAGCUCGCCUCUGUCCCACUCCUGGGACACAACUGGGCGAAAGCUUUCCACAUGCCCCCAAAUAACCACUGUCCUAGGGUGUGCCUGCCUUCUGGAUGGAGGGCCUCCUGGGAGUCUGCCCGUGCGAUGGGAACCGGUCGCAGCCCUGCUCUUUGGCCUCAUUUGUCAGGGACGUUGUAGCUUGCGCACCAGAGGACUCGUUUUCUAGAUUUUUUGGGUCCGUUUUGGCAGGAAGCCAUACAUAGGCCAGUAGCUACAUACUUAGACAAAUAUCCACAAAACAUUUUACCUGGGUUGUGGCAAUGGUUUUUUCCAUCUAAGUUCUACCUUUUAUUGCUUUAUACCCCUGGCUGCCCACUGUUAUAAACAUGCAUCAUUAUUCUCUAGAAAAAUUAAAAGGAAAAAAAUUAAUAGUUUCUAUGAGAAAUCAGAGGAACCAACAAAUGCUGUAAGAUCAAAAACAAACAAACAAACAAACAAAUAAAUAAUCCAGGGAGGCUCUGGCUGCUUUAGUAUGAGGCUGAGCUUUGAGUCUGGGAGUUUCUGAAUAAGAGCCCCCAAAUAACCAUUGUCCUAGGGCAAGAAGACACCUGGUGACCGAGGUUCUUCAUAAUUAAUGAAAAUCACCUGUAGAAUUCCUGGCAAGCAGCACUGCGGGGCUGUGACUAAGAGUUCUUUGCACACAGGAAGCUGAACACCUUUGUAAUCUUAAGUGCAUGGGCCCCUGUUCAUCCUCGUGACUUGCAUCUACGUGAAAUCAACCCAACAAAGACCAGACCAAGAAAAGGUUUAGUAGCCUGACAUUCUUCUACACUUGUAUUUUGGUGAGGGAAGUUUAACAGUGGGUGAUUUCAGAACAGACCCUGAAAAUAUUUUAAAGGUAAAGCUUUAUAAUACCUAAACAUAUCAAUUAGAGCAGUUGUUUAUUAAAAUACGAACAAGGGAAAAACCACACCAUCUUUUAAAAUUACAGGCCUGAAUUCCACAUCACACAGAAGACAACGCAUUUUGCUACGGACCACAGCAUUCACUGGUUAAUAACGCCACAGCUACAAAGUAAUGAGAUGUCCCACAAGAAUACUUUUUUAACCACUUAUAUUCACAUCAACAUAUAAAUAAUGGAAUUAAGUAAAAACUUCAUUAUAAUGCUAUUUUGUUAGAAAAGUAUUCGUAAAGUGGCAUUUUUCCCCCCAAGAGCUGUUUCACUUAAGCUUUAUUUCCUCGGCCUUGCAAGGGGCGGGCCUUUCAGUAUUGUUAUUUCGUGCACACUCACCUGAAGAAAUAAGUAAUUUAAACUUAAA